UCGGUAACCUGGGCAUCCUUGGCAUCCUUGGCAGCAGCAGCAGCAGCAACGCGGUGUGGUCGGACCGGACCGGACCAUCCCGCCGCCUCCGGCCCAGCCCGAGGCCCCUGUUUCGCCCUCUCCCCUCCACCGAACCCGCCUUCACCAUGAGCCAGCCGCGCCGGCCCGGCAAGAGGGCCGACAUCCUCCCGGAGAUCGCCGCCGCCGUGGGCUUCCUCGCCAGCCUCCUCCGGACCCGGGGCUGCGUGAGCGAGCAGAGGUUGCAGAUCUUCAGCGCGGCCCUCCAGGAGGCCCUUUCGGAGCACUAUAAACAUCACUGGUUUCCCGAAAAGCCCUUUAAGGGCUCCGGUUACCGCUGCAUCCGCAUUAACCAUAAGAUGGACCCCAUCAUCAGCAAGGUAGCCAGCCAGAUCGGACUCCACCUGCCUCAGCUCUACCAGCUGCUGCCCAGCGAGCUGACCCUCUGGGUGGACCCUUACGAGGUGUCGUACCGCAUCGGCGAGGACGGAUCCAUCUGUGUCCUGUACGAAGCCACCCCCGUCCCCUCGUCCUAUGGGCUCCUCACCUGCAAAAACCAGAUGCUCCUGGGCCGGACCAGCCCCUCGAAAAACUACGUAAUGGCCGUUUCCAGUUAGACCUCCUUGGUUCCCCCCGCCUCCCCCUUACACUCUACUGUAUUCACUCAGCCGAGUCAACAGGCAACCACAUACCUCAACUUGGGGAGAUGUAUUUUUCAAUGAAGAGCUAUUUAUAUAUAUUUUUUUUUUAAAAAAAGGAAAAAUCAUCCAAAAGAAACUUUUUUAAAAAAUUCCUUAAAGGGAGCCACUCAUGGGUGGCAAUCCCCGGUGCCUUUGGAGAAAGCAGUUGCAAUGCUUGAAUGCUAGUCUCAAAGCCUGGGCCUGCCUUUUAGAGGAAGUCACGGUGUAGGAGGCUGGCAAGAAGUUGAGGGGGAUGGGAUGGGGGGGUGGGGGAAUGACCAGCUGACACCUGGAGUGAUGGCUGGUUUAUUCUGAAAGAUCAUCCGUGUGAGCCACUGUGAAUUAAGGAUUGGAGAGUCUUGCCUGUGUGGGGGCUGGAGAGGGGAGAAGCAUAAGCCCAGACCCUCAUCUCAGUCUUUACCUUCUUUCCCCCAGAAGCUCAUUCAAAUCCAAACUUUAAAUACAGAUUUGCCUCUUUCCUAUUUCCUGAUGGGUUCUUGGACAGAGAGGAUGUACCUUUUCUUCCCGACGCUGUGGCCAGGGCAGCUUGUUUUGAAUUUUUCAAGGGUUUCUCCGACUCAAUUCCUCAGGCUUUGACAUCCUAGACAUGAAUUCUAAAGUUUUCUGGGGAGGGCAGCUGAGUCUGGAUUGGAACUGGAGAAAUCUCCACAAAGUCUCCAUUUAGCAAAAUUCUCCCUCUGCCUUUCUCUGUACUGGCAAUGUUCUAUCUUUGUUGUCUCUUUUGGAACCACCCAAGUCCUGAUGCUGCCAUUAAACUCUUUAGAGGUGAUUCCAAAAGACAGGGAACUUUUAGGAUGCCUUCAGACCUUCUUUUUCAAAGCGCAAAGCUCCUCCUUGUCUUCCUCUCCCUUCCACCCCCUUCUCUCCACUCUUCCACUUUUCUUAUUCUGUCCCGGGACUCCCCGUCCUAUUGUUCUAGGAUAAAAGUUCUCAAAUCACUGUGCAAUAUAUUUCCUCCCAAGUUUGGGAUCCUUAAGAGUGGUGAUCUCUGAAUCUCUGACUUUUUGGCUGAUUGAGUUUUCGUACUCCCUCUCUCCUGCCAUUCCCUUGGAGAACCAGCCAGACGGAGCUUUGCCGAAUCCUUGGAGCCCUUGGCGUCCACCUUGUGCCAUUUUUCAAGGCCAACCUGUGGGAAUUAGCUCCUCCCCUACAUUCAGUUCCCUGCCGUGGGCAAUCUGAAAAGGAGCAAGUUAUUCCAAUCCGUUAGUAGAAUUGUGCAAUAGUGUGGGAGGGAACAGGAAAAAUUCAGAAAGUUUCUGCACUUCUCUCCCUCUGUCCCCAAAAGGAGUAACAGGAUUUUUUGAGUAGAUUGUCAGAGCCCCAACUAGCCUUGGCCUAGGAUUAGCUAACCCAGCUGGGGCAUCUGGUCUGUUUUUAUCUUUUUGCCCGUUCUGGUUUAUUCCUGGAUGAGAGGUUGGUAUCACUUGGGCAGAUCUCUAAAUUAGUCCUAUCCUCUGUUGCUCAGCUAAUACGGUGCUACGGUGCCCACCAUUUUCAUUCCUCUCUCCUCUCCCUGCUCUAGUACCAACUCUUGUGCUGCCCGCCUCAAGUUCAGAACCUAGUGUGAAAUCUGCCACUUGCCGAGCUGGGAAUGUGAAUCUAAGUUCUGGUCUGCGAGUGGGCCUAGCCUGAUUGAGCAGGAGAACUGCAAUUUAACUCUCCCUCUUUUUUUUUUCUUUUUCCUUCAUGUUCACUUUUUAAAAAGAAUUUAGAGCUGGACUGUUGAGCAGGACCCGCUCUCCUAGCAAGUGAAAAAUAGUAGGAUGUUUGUAAGCUAUUUUGGGGGAGGGAAAGGGUAACUAAUUGUAUAAUAGUGUUUCUAUAUGGAAGAAUGUACAGCUCUAUUGAUUAAAUGUACACUUUGGUUUUGUUAAAUAAAAAUGUAGCAAUUGAAAAGAA